GCGCCUACGUGAGCGCCAGCAAGCGUGGUAGCAUAACGCCCAUCCGUCUCCGCUCUGCAACCACAGACGGACAUGCGUCUCGCCUGGUGCGCAGGCGUCGGCGCAGGCGUAGGUCUUCACCAGCCGACGAGCGCGAGCGAGUGGAUAGGGGGCCAUCUGGUGGAGUGGGUCCCGCGAAAACUUGAGGAAACUGUAUCAUCGUGGUCGUACUGCAUGCACUACCGUCUCAAGACGUUUCCGGGGCCCAGCGAUGUUUCUGCUCGGCAUGGUAGUCUCCUUUGGGACAGGGCGGGUGUGGGUGGAGUGAUUACAUACGUGUCGAUGAUGUCGUUGUAGUAUCGUCAUCCAGCUACGUGAUGACAUUGGGUUGCUUCGGGCAGCGCUUGACAAGCAGCGCGCAUGCAAUUCAUGGGGACGCACCUGGAGAGGACGACCUCUGCCCCCGAUUCGACUUCGUGGCAACAGCAAUAACAGCGCCAUGCAACAAUGCC